UGCCGAGCUUCCUGCACAGAUGCGCACAGUCUCCCACUGUAGCCGCCGCUUCAGCUGCUCCUCCGCUGCAUCCCAAUCAUUCCUCUCCUCACCGUCCCCUUCUGGCUGCUGCAGCGGACCGGGCUGGAGACAGGGAGCUGGUAGUCCGCGGCGCAUCGCCGUGCCAACAACAGGAUUUCUAAAGUCUGUCACGACUCCGUGCGCCACAGAGACGCACUAGAUUGAUAAGGACAGUUGAGUGUAUCUUUGACACAAUGCAAAAUCGGCGACUGAAGUCCGUGGGAAAUCCGCAAAGUUGUUAGGAGCUAGGUGUUUCUCACCUGUCCGAACAUUUUUGAUUUCAGUUUAAAAUUUUCAACCACUUUGUCCAAAUCUCUCCGCUCCGCGCCACCGCCGCCGCCGCUGCCUCCAGGUAAGGGCAUGGAUCUCCUUUUGUUCCGUCACCCGGCAGAUCUCUCCAGCCGGGACCGAAUGUAAGGACCAGUGGAUCGGUGCUUGUGGAGGAUCCAGCCGCGCUUUUUCUCUGACCACGUUACCUCUCGGCUAGAAGUACCUCAUAUAAAGCCGGUGAUAAAUGUUGCAGCAGACAUGAGUUUUGGAAACAGAUUUUUCCUCGUUUCACUCUUUCUUGGAAUUGUCCUCACUGGCUUCAGCCACUGCAACCAAGUUGUGCUGCUGGAUACAACGUCUGUGCUUGGAGAGCUUGGAUGGAAGACGUAUCCUAUAAAUGGGUGGGACGCCAUCACGGAGAUGGACGAGCAUAACCGGCCCAUCCAUACUUUCCAGGUUUGCAAUGUGAUGGAGCCCAACCAGAACAACUGGCUUCGCUCCAACUGGAUCUCUCGACAGGCUGCCCAAAAGAUCUACGUGGAACUUCGCUUCACCCUGCGUGACUGCAACUCCAUCCCUUGGGUGUCUGGCACCUGCAAAGAAACCUUCAACCUUUUCUACCAUGAGACCGAUGAGGCUCACGGUGUCAAAUUCAAGCCCCCACAGUACACCAAGAUCGACACCAUCGCUGCCGAUGAGAGCUUCACUCAGAUGGAUCUUGGAGAUCGCAUCCUCAAGCUCAACACAGAGGUGCGUGAGGUGGGACCCAUGACCAAGAAGGGCUUCUAUCUGGCGUUUCAGGACAUUGGUGCCUGCAUUGCUUUGGUUUCUGUGAGGGUUUACUAUAAGAAAUGUCCAUUCACGCUGAGGAACCUGGCCUCAUUUCCGGACACAGUGCCUCGUGUGGACUCUUCCUCAUUGGUGGAGGUGCGGGGGGCAUGUAUUGACCAUGCUGAAGAAAGAGACACACCCAAACUGUUCUGUGGAGCUGAUGGAGACUGGUUGGUCCCCUUGGGAAGAUGUGUCUGCAGCGUUGCAUAUGAGGAGAUUGAUGGCACAUGUACUGCUUGCCAACCAGGCUUCUAUAAGGCAUACGCUGGAAACGUCAAGUGUUCAAAGUGCCCUCCGCAUAGUUUCAGCUAUGGAGAAGGGGCUGCUAUCUGCCGCUGUGAGGCGGGCUUCUUCAGGGCUGAGAGAGAUCCUCCAAGUAUGGCUUGUACACGCCCUCCAUCUCCUCCCCGCAACUUGAUCUUUAACCUGAACGACACCUGUCUGAUGCUGGAGUGGUCACCCCCCAGUGACACAGGAGGCCGCCGGGAUCUCACCUACAACGUCCAAUGCAAACGCUGUGGUCCCGAGCCCAACCAGUGCCAGUUCUGUGAGGAGGAGCUUCGUUUCUUACCGCGACCAUUAGGCCUGACAAACGCCACCGUCACUGUCAUGGACUUCUCAGCACACGCCAACUAUACCUUUGAGAUCGAGUCCCUAAAUGGUGUGUCAGACAUGAGCUCCUUCCCUCGCCAGGUUGCCGCCAUCACCGUCAGCACUGAUCAGGGUGGUCCGUCUCUGGUUGGGACUCUGAAGAAGGACUGGGCCUCUCCAAACAGCAUUGCUCUCUCCUGGCAGCAACCCGAACAAACAACACUGCCCAUCCUCGACUACGAGAUCAAAUAUUAUGAGAAGGAACAUGAGCAGCUGAGCUACUCGUCGACGCGCGCCAAGGCUCCCAGUGUGAUCAUCUCAGGUUUAAAACCAGCCACCUGGUACGUCUUCAGCGUACGCACCCGCACGCCAGCUGGAUACAGUUCCUACACUCCUAAAUAUGAAUACAAAACUACAGGAGACUCUUCAGACAUUGCUUCUGACCAGGGCCAGGUGUUGGUCAUCGUCACAGCAGCGGUUGGUGGCUUUACCCUCCUCGUCAUCCUCACCCUCUUCCUCCUGAUCACUGGAAGGUGUCAGUGGUACUUUAAGGCCAAGAUGACUUCAGAGGAGAAGAGGAGGACCAAUUAUCAGAACGGACAUGUCCCUUUCCCUGGGAUAAAGACCUAUGUGGACCCUGAUACAUAUGAAGACCCCACACAAGCUGUUCACGAGUUCACCAAGGAGAUCGACCCCUCCAGGAUCCGCAUUGAGAGGGUGAUCGGCGCCGGUGAGUUUGGUGAGGUGUGCAGUGGCCGCCUGAGAACACCAGGGAAGAAGGAGAUUGCCGUGGCGAUAAAGACACUGAAAGGAGGCUAUGUGGAGCGUCAGAGGCGGGACUUCCUGCGCGAGGCGUCAAUCAUGGGCCAGUUUGACCACCCAAACAUCAUCAGGCUGGAGGGCGUGGUCACCAAAAGCAGGCCUGUGAUGAUUGUGGUUGAGUACAUGGAAAAUGGAUCGCUGGACUCGUUUUUAAGGCAACACGACGGUCACUUCACUGUCAUCCAGUUGGUUGGCAUGCUGCGUGGCAUCGCCUCGGGCAUGAAGUAUCUGUCAGACAUGGGCUACGUUCACCGAGACCUGGCAGCUCGAAACAUCCUGGUCAACAGCAAUCUGGUGUGUAAAGUGUCAGACUUCGGCCUGUCCCGAGUCCUGGAGGACGACCCAGAGGCCGCUUACACCACAACGGGUGGUAAGAUCCCCAUCCGAUGGACCGCUCCUGAGGCCAUCUCAUACAGGAAGUUCUCCUCAGCCAGUGACGCAUGGAGUUAUGGAAUCGUAAUGUGGGAAGUGAUGUCAUAUGGGGAGCGGCCAUACUGGGAGAUGUCCAAUCAGGAUGUGAUUCUGUCUAUCGAAGAGGGCUACCGGCUGCCUGCACCCAUGGGCUGCCCCGUGGCCCUGCACCAACUGAUGCUGCACUGCUGGCAGAAGGAGAGGAGUCAUCGGCCCAAAUUCACCGAUGUUGUUACCUUCUUGGAUAAGCUGAUCCGUAACCCCAGCAGCCUGCUGCCACUGGUAGAAGACAUUCAGAGUCUACCAGAGUCUCCAGGGGAGGAAAUGGACUACCCAAUGUUCAUCUCCAUCGGCGACUGGCUGGACUCCAUUAAGAUGAGUCAGUAUAAGAGCAAUUUCAUGGCAGCUGGCUACAACACAUUGGAUUCUGUGGCGAGGAUGAGUAUUGAAGAUGUGAGGCGUAUAGGGGUGGAGCUGAUCGGCCACCAGAGGCGGAUCACCAGCAGCGUACAGACCCUCCGCCUUCAGCUACUGCACGAACAGGAAAAGGGUUUCCAUGUAUGAGGACACCCUUUAACACAACCUGGGACGGACAGAUAGAUGGACAAGACGGAAGUGAAGUCUAGACCGUUGGACAGACAGUCAAUACAGCCUGUGCCUGAGUCUUAACCCCUCAUACAGGAGGUCAUUGGACAGACUACCACAGCAGACUGCCCCCUGGUCUCCCUCACAUCCAGUAGUAACAGACUCUUUCCUACUAUACACCCCUUACCCAGAAUACCUGGCUCUGCCUGAUAGACUUUAAAGACUGGCCCAGGCCCUCACUUAGGGGAAUGUAAUGCCUUGUUGCAGCAGCAGUACUUUGUGUGUGGAGCAACAAUAUCUAGAGAUGUAGAUUUGCAAACGUAAUCUACUGAAUCUUUUGACUCUUCUUUUCUCUUUUUCUUUUUCUGCUCCGAGUUAUGUGCUCAUGUAGCUGCUAUCGGGUGUGCAAUCGAAAAGUAUUUGAAAAAAAGUAUCCUCAAUAUUUUUUAUUUUGGAGUUUGAUAAUUUAUCAUGAAGGUUUUAUUUGCAUCGCUUUAGUUUACCCUCUCUCCAGAGAAUCUGGUACGCUAAUACUUGAAGAAAGAAGUGAGAAGCAAGUUACGGAGAUUUGUUGAAUGUUUAAAAGUGUAUAGACAAUUAAUCGAUAAUUAUUAUCAUAACCUAAUAUCUAUAUAUGUGCAGUCCUGUAUGUGAAAGCCCUAGUAAAUCUGGAUCUUAUUUAAGAUGUUUUAUUUAUUUAAGAUUUUUAUCCAAAUCAGCAAUACGGUAUUAUGCAGUCACCUCAGUAUCUCAGACGAGAGAGAGAUGAAGAAUUGCACCAUGAGAGAACUCUUGUUGACACAUAAACAUGAGGCUCACACUACACCAUCCACCUGUUUUUACUGUCACACGAUAAGCUUGCAGAACUGGAUCCGUUGCCUUCAGAUGAACAACCAUACAAGUCUAUUCUGACAGUUUUUAACAACUGGUGUACUCACAGUUGUGCGGUAAGCCUGAUUUAUUUUGGAUUGUGAAUGUUAUUCAUUGCCUGAAAGUACACAAUCUCCACUGUCUUAACAUAUGAAUGUUCACAGAACUUAGAUAUAGAUAGGAGAUGAUUGAUAUUGUCUGGAAACUUGGCAUGGACUUAUAUGGUUCUUCAGAAUCAGCUGAUUUCAUAUACAUUUUAUUUUCUUUUUGCCUGCACACACACUAAUACAGUGCACUUCUGGGGCAGAGUUGAUCCAAGAUGUCAGAGCAGAAUAAUCCACCAUAUAGGUGCACAGUAACUGGAUGGAUUUCACUCCAGUCUGUUCAUACAUUGUGGUCGUGUAAAAGUUGUGGCGUUUGUGGCAGUUUGGGAAACAAGUGUACAUAGACGUAAGGUGAAACGAAACCGUUGGAUCCGCAGUAGAUGAUGUCAAGUUGUCAGAUUAUGCCAUUAAAAUCGCCAUUUUUCUUCAUGUGCUAAGUCAGUUAGUGGUGAAUAGGCAGCGCUGCAGAGUAUAACUAGUUAGCUGAAUUGUUGGCAGCAGAAGUAGCUAAAACCUGGUGGAUGGGAACAGGUGAGAAAAGGCAGUAGUCAGUAGGAUUGUGUGAUCAGGACAGAGCUGUCCCACAGAGACAGGAAGUGACUCUAAGGACAGCUGAGAGAGAACAAACAUAAACAGCAGCAUCAUAACUCAUCAUGUGUCAUCCUAACAUCAACAGUGACAAACACACACACGCACCCACACACUCGCACACACACACAGAAUGCCUUACAGUCCGUUAACCAUGCAAGACGGAAACACUUUAGAGUGGUUCAUAAGUUUCAGUGCAGUCACAGGACCUAGCCAUUAGUUUGAGUUGUAUUCCAUAAUUCAGGAGAACACCCGCCCCUCUACAGCUGCAGUUUACCUUACAAACUGGGGCUUGAUGAUUAAUGUCCAAGGCAAACCGGAUCCAGAGAUCUGUGCCUUUCGGUCAACAUGUAGUUAUGCAUCCAGGCCUGCAGGAGUAGAACAAAGGUGCACGCACACAUCCAAACACACACAUACAUAUUUGCACACACACGCUCCCGGUCACCACCCCUCUACAGAAAAAGGAGAAUAUCAGAUGCUGUUUGUUUAGCAUGUUCUACUGCUGAGCAAUGUUAGAACGUUCUUUUGUACAAAGUACAAGUAUACUUAUAAUUCUUGUAUUUUAUUUUUCUAUAAUUUCCAAAGAGAUGUUGUAGAUCUUGCACACUGUA